AUGAAGAUUGCUGGUUAUUCAUCAGCAAUUGAACAAAUCAUCGAAUGUGUUUUCAGACCACGCAAACUGUCGACAGAAUUUCGGCGAAAAUUUAAUAUUCGAUUUAUUCGUGGUAUUGUUUUAUGGGGUCCACCUGGUACAGGAAAAACGAGUCUUGUGAAAGCACUAUGUGAUUAUUUCGGUCUCAAACCACGUAUCAUUAAUGGUCCACAACUUUUGAAUUCAUUUAUCGGCAAAUCCGAACAAGCAGUCCGACUGCUUUUUCAACGUGCCAAGAAAGAUCAACAAGAAAAAGGAGAUUCAAGUCCACUCCACGUGAUUGUCUUCGACGAAAUGGACGGUCUUUUUUCAAAGCGAACAUCAAGUGAAGGUGGAUCAGAAACACGUAAUAGUGUCGUCAAUCAAAUAUUGCCGCUAAUGGACGGAUACACUGCAUUGAAUAAUAUUAUCAUUUUCGGCACAACCAAUCGAUUGGAUAUGAUUGACCCAGCAUUACUUCGUCCGGGUCGAUUUGAAUUACAAAUAAAAAUUGGUGAAGACGAUGACUCGUCAAUUACUGAAAAUAGUCAACCAACAAAAUUCGAUAAGAUUGACGAAAAAGAAAAUUCGUUGAGUACGAAUUCUAAAAGUAAUGUGCUUUGUAUUGAUGAAAAUUCGAAUGAAUGUCCAUGUCCAAAUGAAGAUGUUCCACCAGGUGUUACACAAUCAUCAAUAGUUAUCCUUGGUUCACAUGAUAAAUCAACAUCUAUGUCACCAUUACAAACUUUAACUGAUGAAGAUUCUUCUAUAUCAUCAUUCUCAUCAGGUUGUUCAAAGGAGAACGAAUACAUCCAUUCUUCUUAUAUAUCAUUUGCUGAAGUAUUGAAAGAGAAUUAUCAAUUAAAAAAACAAAUACAAUUUUAUAAAUCUCAAUGGAUGCCAAAACCUACGGGUUCGGAAGCGCAAGCUUCUUCUAAAUUUACUCAAUCAGUUGAUGUUAUCUCAACAAAUUUCAUUAAAACAAUGGAAAAAAAAUCGAAACGUAAACGAAAAGAAGAAAAAACUCGUCGUCGUUUGAAAUUAACAAAGAAACAAUUAAAAGAAUGUAAACAUGACACUGAUAUUAGAAAAACUUGCCGAGCAAUUACAAAAUGUUUAUAUCCUGAUAUUCAUAUACAAGCUUCUAUGUCUAUUUCCGGGAUGUCAAAUCAACAAAAAUCUGAUAUUAGAGCAUAUGCUAAAAUGCUACAUCCGGAUCAACGUCAUGCUACAAGACAUUUUCUUCAUAAUGCUAUAGGCAAUGUUUUUGCUUCACAGAAACAACAACAAAAAAAUAUUAUUUAG